AACGAUAAGGAGGUACAACGACGCCAGAACACUAAGGAGAAUUCAUCUUCACCUAAAUCUAAACCCGUCUUGCACAGCACUACGACCGCAUUGGAGCGGCGACGGAGACAAAAAGAUGAUCUUCACUCAGGAACCCCGAGUCCAACACCAAGAAUCGUAGCGAAGCCUAAGGUUGUGAAGAAAGGUGCAACAGCAUUUGGAGGAUCCCUCGCUCUGCCAUCGCGACGACCCAUUAACCAGAGAAUGGCAGUCUUUGACAGGGUGAAGACCACAUCAGGAAGAAGUGCACGAGAGCGAACACCUGCUACUAGAGGGGCUGUUGUACUACCAGAUCCAGAGCGUCCGCGUCCUGCUUCGCGACUACAUCCUGUUGGUUCUCCUGGUGAACAUGAUAGCCCACAGCCACGGGUGGAAAAUGGACCUGCACAUGAUGCGGUGAAACGAGAACAUGGAGAGCUUCAUCAGCCUACUCAAAGUCCCAGAAGUGGCGGUGUCUAUGGAUCAUCGACCUCUAGUCCGACUCGUCCUAGAAAACUUAGUCCGGAAAUUGAAAGAAUGAUCAACAAUCUUCAUAAAGACAACUCCAGAAACCGAAACGGGACUAAGAACGGUUUCAUCAAGGCUGAGAAAAAUGCGGGUAAUCGAUGGCUCAACACUACGAAGAAUUAUCAGCUGUCAUCACCUCCUGUUCCUGAUAAAAGUGCUUCAGCUUCAUCACCUUCUGUCCCUAGUGUGUCAAGAAGUCCGAUGCAGCGGCAGGCAGGAGAAGGGGAGGCGUCGCCAACACCUCGAGGGGACAACAUGUUGUAUUUUCAGGAUCAAGCCAUGAUGUUCGUGGUAGAAGAUGAAGAAGAACUACAUCAACAAGUAGAAGAUACUAGAACUACAAGAGCAAGUAGAAGAUCAUCUGGCCGCCGUUCUUCAUCCCGUGUUAGCUGCAAACAUGAUAAGAAAAAUAAACGGGGUAAAUACCCCAGCACGGCUCCUGCUGCCCAGGUGACAUUGAAUCUUUACGAAGAUGAGACUGAUUGA